AGCUGCUAGGUAGAAAUCUCUUUCCAUUUGAUGACAUUUAUUUUUUUUUCCACUCAGAAGAAAGAAGUCUGCGUUUAGCUGUGCUAAAGUUUAACCUGAAAAGAUUUUGUGUUCCCCUCAUGCCGGCUGCUCUCCCCGCCAUGGCUACAGGUGAAGAAAUGUCCCCUGCCCUGCAGGACUCCUGGGGGGACUUCUGGCUCUUCCGUUUCUUUAUUAAUGCUGCUGGCUACGCGAGUAUUGUAAUACCAGGAUUCCUCCUCAUCCAGUACUUCAAGAGAAGGAAUUACCUGGAGACAGGCCGAGGCAUUUGCUUUCCUGUCAUCAAAUCGUGUGUAUUUGGCUCUGAGGUGAAGUCUGUACAUCCAGAGGAUGGCUCCCUGUCAUCCCGGGCAGAGCCUACAGAGUCCUCUACAGCCCGACAGGUCUUCAAGCUGCUCUUCUGUGCUGCUGGUUUACAGGCUUCCUACCUCACAUGGGGUGUUCUCCAGGAGCGCGUGAUGACAAGAACAUAUGGUGCUACUGAAACGGACCCUGGUGAGAAGUUCAAGGACUCCCAGUUCCUAGUAUUUAUGAACCGCAUCCUGGCCUUCACUGUGGCUGGUCUGUACUGUGCCCUGACCAAGCAGCCACGCCACGGAGCUGCUAUGUACAAGUACUCCUUUGCCUCCCUCUCCAACAUCCUCAGCAGCUGGUGCCAGUACGAGGCACUCAAAUACAUCAGCUUCCCCACCCAAGUGCUGGCCAAGGCUUCCAAAGUGAUCCCUGUAAUGAUGAUGGGUAAACUGGUGUCACACAAGAGUUACGAGUACUGGGAGUACCUGACAGCUGCCCUCAUCUCCGUGGGGGUCAGCAUGUUCCUGCUCUCCAGUGCUCCCAACAGACACAUGUCUACUGUCACCACUUUCUCUGGUGUAGUCCUCCUGGCCGGCUACAUUGUCUUCGACAGCUUCACAUCCAACUGGCAGGAUGCCCUCUUCACCUACAAGAUGUCUCCUGUGCAGAUGAUGUUUGGUGUCAAUGUCUUCUCCUGCCUUUUCACAGUGGGCUCACUCUUGGAGCAGGGAGCGUUGCUAGAAUCAGUGCACUUCAUGGCUCGUCAUUCGGAGUUCACAGCCCACGCGGUGCUGCUGUCUGUGUGCUCUGCCUGUGGCCAGCUCUUCAUCUUCUACACCAUCAACCAGUUUGGGGCAGCUGUCUUCACUAUCAUCAUGACUCUCCGCCAAGCCUUUGCCAUUCUCCUCUCCUGCCUCAUCUACGGCCACACUGUCACUGUUGUGGGUGGACUGGGUGUAGCUGUCGUCUUCAUGGCACUCUUCCUCCGCGUCUAUGCCCGCAGCCGCAUGAAGAAGCGCAGCAAGAAACUACCACCAGGGGAGAGCCCUGUACAAAAGGUCUAAGGAGCUGAGGCCAGGGCCUCUGAGCUGUGCCUGCUGUCCUGCCUCUGCUGGGGGGCGCUUGCUUGAUCUGUCAGCACCCACUGA